AUGAGACACCAUACUCUGUUGCAUCCUACAAGCGGACUGCCAAAUGUGGCCGUCAUGAACAACCAUUCAGAAGAACUUCAACCGAUGAGUGGUCCACUCUUCAGAAUCAUGCCAGUAACUUUGUAUGGGAACGGCUGCAAGGUCAACGUGUUCGCGUUCAUCGACGAAGGGUCACAGCUUACGCUUCUGGAAGAGGUCAUCGCUAAGCAGCUAGGAAUUGAUGGUCCCGCAGAACCUCUGAGUCUACAGUGGACUGGAGACAUCAAGAGGAAUGAGUCGAAAUCCCAGCGAGUCUCUAUGGAAGUUUCGGGAACAGGAUCACUCAAACGUUUCAAACUGUCGGAUGCUCGAACCGUUGGAGGUCUUUUACUACCGUCGCAGUCCAUGCGUUAUGAGGAGUUGGCUUCGAGAUACCCGUACCUAAGAGGUUUACCGCUGCAAAACUAUGUGUACGUUAUGCCGAAGAUCCUCAUCGAUCUUGACAAUUUGAAACUCACGGUGCCACUGAAAGUUAGAGAAGGAGGAUGGAAGGACCCUAUCGCGGCUAAAAGCCGCCUUGGGUGGAGCAUUUAUGGUUGUUCACAGGCACCGGCGCCGUCAGUUAUCUGUGGGUUUCAUUUUGGAGGAUGGACCGAUCCGGAUCGACAAUUGAGCGAUGUCGUACGAGAUUUCUUUGCUCUGGAAAAUGCAGGCAUCGCAUGUCCACAGAAAAUUCUGGAAUCUGAGGAGGAUAAGAGAGCCAGAAUGUUGUUAGAAACGACCACUCGUAGAGUUCCAACCGGGUUCGAGACGGGCCUCCUGUGGAAGACCGAUAAGGUGAGUUUUCCCGACAGCCGAGGCAUGGCUUCUCGACGACUUCGUGCACUUGAAAGUCAGCUGAGCAAGGAUCCUGAGACAUACGAGAACGUUCGUCUUCAAAUAAAUCUGUAUCUCGAAAAGGGAUAUGCCCACGUAGCAUCCGGACCAGAAUUAGCAGCGAUACAGCCAGAUCAAGUGUGGUAUUUGCCCCUGGGUGUUCACAAAAACCAUAAAAAGCCAAAGAAAGUGCGUUUGACGUGGGAUGGAAGAGCGUCAGUACAGGGAAUUUCCUUCAACUCUGCUCUUUUGAAAGGACCGGACAUGCUAUCUUCGCUCCCAAGUAUUCUCAGUCAUUUUCGCCUAUACCGCUUCGCAUUGACGGGAGACAUUAAGGAGAUGUUCCAUCGCAUAAGAAUCCGGGAAGAAAAUCGCCAAUACCAAAGAUUUCUGUGGAGAAACGAUCCUGAGCAUCCUCCCAAUAUUUUCGUAAUGGACGUUGCAACAUUUGGGUCGACCAGCUCUCCGUGCUCGGCCCAGUACGUUAAAAAUGUGAAUGCUGAAGAGUUCGCCGAUGAAUACCCACGUGCUGCGUAUGCAAUCCAUUAUCAUUACGUGGAUGACUAUUUAGAUAGUUUUGUUUCACGCGAGAAGGCCAUUUUAAUUGGCAAGCAGGUGAAGAUGAUACACCGCGAAGGGGGCUUUGAGCUGCGCAACUUUCAAUCUAACGAUGCUCAAAUAGCUGCAGAAGUCGGGGAACUGUCAGAGGAAUGUGACAAAUCGCUGUUUCUGGACAAAUCGGAAGGUGUUGAGUCCGUUCUUGGGAUGAGAUGGACUCCUAGCGAUGACUGUUUCACAUACGACCUAACAAUGCGCAGAGAUUUGGCGAUCAUCAUACAGGAGGGACACGUUCCAACGAAGCGAGAGGUGCUAAGAGUGGUCAUGAGCCUCUUCGACCCUCUUGGGCUGAUCGCAUUCUAUCUUGUGCACGGAAAGAUCCUCAUGCAGGAAAUUUGGGCUUCCGGGGCUCAAUGGGACGAUGUGAUCAACGAGCGACUGUACGAUCGAUGGGUGCAAUGGAAGAGACUGUUGCAUCAAUUAAGCUCAAUUCAGGUACCACGUUGCUAUUUUCCAACGGCGGAGGCGGAAGUAUACCGCUCACUUCAAGUCCACGUAUUCGUAGAUGCUAGCGAGUCAGCUUAUUCGAGCGUAGCAUAUUUCAGAGUGGAAUCUGAUCACGGCCCUCUAGUAGCUCUGGUGGGCGCUAAAUCCAAGGUGGCACCGCUGAAAAUGUUAACAAUUCCGCGUUUGGAGCUUCAAGCUGCAGUAUCAGGAACUCGUUUGUUGAACAGCGUGAUUUCUAUGCACGGGCUACCGGUUGCUCAGCGAUUCCUGUGA